CAAUAAAUCUAAAAAUAUGACAGUAGCUAAAUCAGGACUGCAGGAUAGUGUAUUUUCUGUCCAGUCUAUGCCUCAAAUUGAAAUAAACAUGAAACAAUAUAGCUUAUGGUAUUUAGAAGUAUUUUAAACGCAAACAUUUCUUGCUAGUUGUCUUCAAAUUAAGAUUACCGCCGGAAAGUAACGAAGAGCUCUUGAACGCAACACAACCGCGCUGUGUGCUGCUAGCUGCUAGCCAAAUAGCUAGUAAUUUUCAGGUCUCGGGACUGCUAGUGACAGAAUAAAUAACCUUAUGAACGUAGUCUAGUAUUUCGUAACUAAAGAUUUAGAGUUUUUCUUUUAAAAUGGUUGUGGACGACGUCGAAUUUAUGACUCUUUUAAAAGGAAAACGCAUUAAGCUAACGCUGAAGGGGGGUUCCUGUUUCGAGGGCAUCAUACAACGCAUCAAUCCCAACAAAACCUUGGUUUUGGCAGAUGUUAGGAUCAGCGAUGGACGCAGAAUUUCUGGAACCAAACUGUUCUUUGGACGUGAGAUUUCAAAUGUUGAAGUUGCUGAUGAAACAAGACUUGACACGGGCAAUAUCGAUCUGGUUGAAUCUGAGGAGAAGCUUAUCAACGUGGAAAAGUUUCAGCCAUACAGGAAGACGUUCCCAUUUGAUGACGAUGAUGAAGAUAAGUUCAUCAAUUUCGAAGUUAUUGAUGAGUAUCACCAGAAAUUUGGUCCAGCCGUAAUGACCAUCAAAAAGCAGCGUGUAAUUGGUGUGGGAGGUGAAGGGGUGGAGGUGCACAAGAGUGGACGAUUGUGCUGGUUGCAGAUCGCAACUAAAAACAAGGUGUACUUGUUUGAUAUCCUGCUACUUGGAGCACGUGCAUUUAAAAACGGUCUUUCUAUGAUCCUGGAAAGUAAACGCAUAUUAAAGGUCAUACAUGACUGCAGAGCCCUUGCUGGAUGUCUCUUUGCUCAUUUUGGAGUAAAACUUAACAACGUUUUUGACACUCAGGUGGCAGAUGUGAUGUGCUUCUACUCAGAGACAGGAGGCUUCCUUCCUGACCGAGUCAGUACUCUCCAGGAGGUGGUAAGUCUUCAUCUGAAGGUUCCUGCCUCGGGGCUCUCAUCUCUUCAGAAGAAGUCACAGCUCAGUCAGGAAGCAAUGGAGAUGUGGUACAAGCGGCCAUGCUCUGUACCCCUGCUGAAGGUGAUGGCUGUGUCAGUGAUUCAUCUGCAGCCGCUCAGACUGGUCCUGCUAGACACACUCAUGCAUGACUAUGUGGCUCUAGUGGAUUCUUACCUUACCAGCAGCCACUUUGAACCCCAUGGAUUGGAACAUGUCGACAUGGAAAGUGUACUGGUCUUGCCCAACGAGCUCAGACGACUGCUUGAGCAGCACCGUGAACGGCAUGAGCAGGCUGCUGCUCACUAUCCUGUCACAGAACAAGGUCUGCUUGUUCGCUUCAAACCUUAUUCUCACUCAGACUCCCAGAGAUCCUCUGCUGCAGAGGAUUACAUCAAUGACUCGUUUGAGCCUGCGGCUGUGGAGCUUUCACCACCACGUACGGAUCCCCUCGUUAACCAACAAAGAUCCAGCUGUGUGCCUUCUGUGGGUGUCCAUGCCUUAUGUGAUUCUCUGGACGAAUCACCAUCCUCGGCCGCAGUGUCCAACCAGGAGAAAGGAAAGUCUGCGGCUAGACCUCCAUCUGAGUUUCAUAUUGAUGUGGCAGGAAGAGGAAGGCCGUUUGUGAAAGAGGAGGCAACUUUACCGAUCUUACCAUCCUUGGGACGAGGUUUACUUCUUCAGACACUCAAAGAGUGUGUUGGCUCCCUCAGAAGUCCGAAUAGUCUAGAGGUGGCUACAAAAGUUGCAAACAGCACUCUGACCCAAGAAGAAAGCCCACAGCCCGGAGGUCAUGAUGAUGAUGUUUUAAGGGAGAUGUGUGGUUCAGGGGAACAAUUUCCCCCAACUCGCCAGUGCAUCAGAUCCUCUCUGAUCCAGUCAUUCCAUUCUUUCAGAUAUUAAAACUAAAGUCUUCAUCCUGGAAGGAUGUAGCUUUGAUAUGAGGGUUGUUGCUUUUUGUAAUUGUCCACAGUGACCAGUAGAUGGCAGUAAAUGUUCUGUUACAAAACUUUAAUUUGGGACACUUACAAGAAGUAUUUAUGAUUUAAACCAAACCGUAGAUAUGUUUGGACUGUUUGGUUCACUUAUAAGAAAACGUUUGUGCCUUUAAUAAGAGCAUUCAUAUUUGUUUUUUGUUUUUUUCGACGUACUGUUUCUAAAGCUAACUUUUGAGUGUAAAAGGAAAAGAAAAUGUUUGAUUCUGAGCAAAAGUAAAAGCUGAAUAUGUUUAUCAUAGUUUAUGUUCUGGUUUUGUUUCUUAAACAGUCCAGAUGGAAACUCUGCCUGUGAAACAUGAAAUAACAACUACAAGCCAACUCUUGGUUUCUGUGUUACAGAUGAUCAAUCAUUAGAAAUGCAGACAGGCAUUGAUGGAUCUAGCAAAAACAUUGUUAGCUGGCACUUUAAUUGAUCACUGAUGAAUAAAAAAGCCCUGGACUUGGCACAGGCUGUGCAGUUGCACUCUCCA